GAUCAGCUGUUUUGCUGAGCAAAGCGUGAGGCGGGUGGAAGGAAGGAGGGAGGGAGCACAAGCCAAGCCUGACACGGGGCAGCGUGGGGGGGAGGCACUCACCAAGGCCUCCGAGGCAGGAUGGAAAGGACGAUAAUUACAUAAGAGCACUUGGCGAGCAUCUGGCUGGAGUCAGCUGGGCCCCGCCAGCUCUCCCUCCCUCCCUCCUUCCAUCCUUCCCUCCCCUUGCUCCCUUCCUCCCUGCACUGCUAACCAGGAGCAGCUGAGGAUACACCAAACCCAACGCGGGACUCCUCUGUGGAGGGGCACGGAGCUCCACUCCAAACCUUUUGCAAGAGUCAGUCAUCUCUUUAGGCGAGGUGCUGGGGUUUGGCUCUCCUCCUGUGACAAAAGGGAAGUGAGGAGCUGAGACGCUACUGAGCACUGGGACAGGAAUUGGAAUAGCUCUGGAAAAGGCUUCCCAGAGAGGUGGUGGAUGCCCUGUUCCCAUAGACAUUCAAGGUCACCAUGGACAUAAUUUACCUACGCACACCCCUGGCCUUCCUCCUUCUUCCUCUUGUUGUGCUUGGAGCACCCACUGAUGAACUCCACCUCACAGAACCUGCCCCUGGUGCUUGUAGGCGCUGCUGUGACCCACCAGACUCUUCUGCAGAUGCCCCACCACCGCCUUCCAGCCACCACCACCUGCCCUACCCAAUGCCAGAGAUCCGUCCCUAUAUCAAUAUCACCAUACUGAAGGGAGAGAAAGGAGAUCGAGGAGAGCCUGGGAUGCCAGGGAAGUGGGGCAAAGAAGGGCCACGUGGAGAGCGGGGUGCCCAGGGCCAGAAAGGCAGCAAAGGACAGAUGGGCACAGCAGGAGAUCCUUGCAAGCACCAGUAUGCUGCAUUCUCUGUUGGCCGCAGGAAAGCACUGCACAGCAGCGAGGGCUUCCAGGUCUUGAUCUUUGACACCGUCUUUGUCAACCUCUACAGUCAGUUUGACAUGUUCAAUGGCAAGUUCUACUGCUCUGUAGCUGGCCUUUACUAUUUCAGCCUCAACGUCCACACCUGGAACUUCAAGGAGACCUACAUGCACAUCAUGCGCAACGAAGAAGAGACAGUCAUCUUGUAUGCCCAACCCAGUGACCGCAGCAUCAUGCAGAGCCAGAGCCUCAUGCUGGAUCUUCAGGAAAAUGAUGAGGUCUGGGUGAGGCUCUAUAAGCGGGAGCGAGAGAAUGCCAUUUACAGUGAUGAUGUUGAUGUGUACAUCACCUUCAGUGGGUAUCUGGUCAAGCCAAGCCUUGACUAAUUGUCUCUCCUCCCUUCCAAAGCCUCUCUGGCCUUCUUCCUCUCUCUCUCUCUCUUCUUAUUGCCCGUAACCACUGCAAAUCUCUUGGAAAUGGGCCUGUGAAGUCUCAGGCAUUGAGUGUGAAACUUGCUGCUCUGGCUCCCACUUCACGCUCUCUAGCAGCCAGGCCUAUAGCUGUGCAUUUACAGCGUGACACUAUCGUCUCUCAUACCUCAUCUCAUGACUUAGCUUAAGUGAUUGGCUUGUUCUAAGUCCACGAGCAGGAUGUGGCUGGCUUGUAGGAUCCUAAAGUGGGAGGAGAACUAAGAUGUUGCUCCUGGGGAUGUGUCCUUUCUUGGGAUUUCCUACACAAAGGACUCCCAUAGAAAGGUCUGGAAAUUCCUUGUUGCCCUGGCUUCUUUCUGUCCCAAUUGGACAUGCCAGUCUUGCCUGCAAUGUGGCCCUAAUGCCAGCACUCACACCUGUAGCCUUGUGAGUGGACUGGGGUCUACUGGCCUUCUUUAGAACAGAGUAAGAGUUAGGAGUGGUGGGAGAUGAUACUGUCUUUCCAAAAAAAGGUCUUUGGUGUUGGCCUUUCUGUUACAUCAUUGACUUUCCAUAGACACCAUUCUGGGUCUCAGAGCCCUCAAGUUAUGACCCAGGCUCCUGGAUCCUGUGGUCCUUCCCCAGGCUGGCUGUAAAAUUGUGGCAUGGGGGGACAGUCCUCCACUGUGCUAGCUCUAGCUCUUCUGGGAGGUACCAGGCUGGACAUUCAGCCAGAUAAUUCAGAGAUAUCUGCUGUUGAAUGAGUAGAGCCCACCACUCUGUUCCCAUUAAACCAUAAGCACAGAACGAGGGACAACCCUACAAACCAUCCUCCCAAGCCUGCUGGGGUACCACUUGGUCUCGGUUCCCCAGCUGUGGGAAGCCAGCCAGUCCAGAAAGGGCUUUCCCUUUCCCAAGUGCAUUUUGGUGAGCCUGAUUUCUGCUCACUCCUGUGACAGAGAUGCACCCAUUGGUACCAAUGACAUGGCCCUGGCUCCUGCAUGCCAUUAUGUCAUUCCUCCUGAAGGUGGUUCUCUCACAUUGGUGUUGAGAGACUGCUGUUUCACAAUAUGAGCUGUAGGUUGCAAGGCCAAUUGCAGUUAAACCACAGUUUCCAGACCUGGAUGAGUUGGCAACUCUUUGCUCGUGUGAUGGAAAAAAGUAGAGGCAAAACAGUGGUGUGAAAGGAAGCAAGACUUCAGCAAUUCGACCCAUAUUAAAAGUUUCCCUGCCACAUGUUUUGUGCUUUUUUCUGGCAAUCUCAUUAGAGCAACUGAGAAAAACAUGUGGCUAAAACAAACGCUUGCUCUCCUUGUCAGGUCAGAGCUGUUGCAGUGGGAAAGGAUGCCAGUGGUAGGAUAUUAGGGUACCAUUUAUACUGGCCUCACACUGCCCUCACUCACACCCCUCUGGUGAUGUGAGGCUGAUUCAGCACUUUGGGAAAAUCACUUCCAUGUAUUGUGAUGCUGCCACAAACAGCAGAGCCAAGAGUUGUCUCUUUUUUGAGUCUCAGGACAGGACAAGCAGGAAAAACUGUAUUUCUCUGCUGCCCAUCAUUGAUAAUGAAGUCUUCUGACUUAUGUUGCCACAGUCUCAUGGUUAGCCAUGGUCUCUGUCUAUAGUACUGGGACUAUCAAAGAUCUCCACUGGAGAUACAAAUCAAAUUAUUAUAUUAGGACUCAAUCAGGUACACUCAGCCCAGGAUGGCAAAGGUGCAGGAACACAAGUUAACUAUUGAAAAUGCUUGAGAGAAUUGCAGGACAUUUUCUCUCUUGCCCUGCUUACUUACCCUCCCUGCUCUCCUAAGGAAGCUGUGCAGACUGGAAUGAAUUUCAGGCACUUUCUGGCUCAUGAUCCUCUCCACUGUUGUCACUGAUGAAAGGUGUAUAAAAACAAGGUUUCACCGAGGUGAAGCUGGGUCUUUCCCAGGGAACCACAUGAUGACAAGAUCAUGGGAAUGGAAGGAAACUAAGCUUCUUCCUCUCCUUUAGUAGAACAAGCGUAUGGAAUUGCUCAGAGACAGGAUUACAGGCAGUAGAAAGGAAGAAGCAUGCUGCAACUGAUGCUCAGGUCUGAAUCCCUUUCUGUCUUCUGAAGCCACAGGCUGCAAACCCAGGUAUUGUGUAUUUACAGUGUAUAGUGCCCCAUAUCUUCCUGAAGAGAAGCAAGCACUGAAUAACACUGAAUAUCUCCAAAAACAACCUUCUAUUUUCCUCCUUUUCUGAUUGUUUGUUUUUUUAAUUCCAGUGGUAGAUCUCACGUGUUACUCAUGAGCAUCCAGAUGGUGCUUGAUGCAUGUGGUAGAGGAAGGCAGGUGGGCCAAAGGGUAUGUUUAACAGGCUUCUUGGUGCUAAACAAGAUGGCAAUCCCUUGGUGCUAAAUAAAUUUUCAGAAGUUUUGGUUGCUUUCUGGAAGGUAUAAUAGGCUGAGCUGUAAAGUACUGUGGAAUUAAUGGUGCUUUAUAUUAUAGAAACAAACUCUGAGAACCUUUGUGUGUGUAUAUAUAUAUAUAUAAUUUCAUUGAUAUUAAACUUUUUUUCCUUG